AAAGACAGAGACAGAGAUAGAAUUUUCGAAUCUUUUUCUGCAAUUCCUAGAAAAUGAGAUUAUUACUAUUAUAUCAUAAAUAAAUACUCUUUCCUUGUUCUCUCUCUGCCUCGAUUGGGAAGUAAAAGAUGGAUGACGGAAAUGCCCCUUCGCUUUCGCUUCUGUAAGGUUCUUGUUUAAUUACUCUCUUUUUCUCAGCUUGCAAUGACGUCAGGUUCUUAGAGCCGUUUCUAGCUGGCACUGCCAUCUCUUCCCCCUUCUCGAUAGAGAAUCUCACAUUGCUCUUCUCAAAAACCUCUCUCUCUCUCUGGCUUUUAGUUUGCCAGAGUGUCCACCACCCUUGCAUGCAUCUACAAAGAUACCCAUCUGGCCUUCCACCUUCUUCGCAACCUUCUCCUUAGGCCCUUUUGAAAAUUUGACCUUUCUUUCCAUUUUUACACUUCAUCAUCUACAUCCAGCUGUACCCUUCCCAAUUUUCUGCUAUUGCCCUCCUGAAAAUAUGGAUUUCCCAAUAGACCCACCUACGCUCAAGUCCAUCACAUCCCUCUUCUUUGGUAAAAAAGAGAAAAAGCCACCCAUGCAAACCCCACCACCUCCCCCUCUUGAACCGGGCCUCAAGACUCUCACCACCCCAAUAACUCUCAACCGUUCGCUUAGCUGUAAGAAACCCAACAUCCUAUCUUUCUCCUCGUCAUCCUCAUCUUUAUCAUCCCUAUCAUCGCCACCUUCACCCUCACCCUCUUCUUGUCCUUUAAUGGAUGAACCCAAGUAUCAUGAGAAAGAGAGAGAGGUCCCAUGCCAUGUAGACAUUGCCAUUGGCAAUGCCAAUGGCAUUGGCAUCGAGAAGGAAAAGGAGGAAAAGCCACGGGCGGUGUUUCAUGGCCGGUACCGGAGACGACGAUCAUUUCAAGAAGAGAAGGAAUAUCCGCCUCCUAUCCCCCUCCUUGCACGGACGGGCAAUUUGCCAUGCCACAUGCCGUGGGUCCUCAAACGGUCUUAUAUCGACAACGGCCGCCUAAUCAUCCAGGAGGUGAAGGUCAAGCACCACGAGUUCUUUCGAGCCCACAGAGCCAAUGGGCGCCUGACCCUCCAGAUCGUCCAGCUCGAUGAAUCGGCUACUUUACUUAGACAGAAGCCAGAAAGCUCAAAUCCAAAUGGCCGAACUGAUGAGACCUCAGAGAACGGAAAGGAAGGAGAAGAGAAAGACAAACCAAAGAAGCAUCAGCUUCAUUCAUUAGCGCCAUCAUCGUCAUCGUCCUCAUCACCAUCUCUACCAUCUCUUGCAAAGAACACAAAUACAUCGCAUAUCCCAUCAAUGUCACCAUCUCUACCAUCUCUUGCAAAGAACACAAAUACAUCGCAUAUCCCAUCAAUGUCACCAUCUUCACUACCACCUCAGCCAUCCAUGCUAAGCAAAGAACUGAAAAGCAUGCUCGACCCCAACCGUUGCAGCACCAUGAAAAAGAAUUUAAGCAUGCGGGAGGAGAAAAACGUGCGUGAUGUGAUGGAGACAGGGACAUUGCCGUCGAUACUAUCAUCUUCAAUGCCCGAAUCUUCAUUUGGAAUCAGCGGCGGGAACGCAGGGGGUUGGUUUAUGAAUAAGAGGUCCAACUCGCUGUUUCAAAUGCCAAUUCCCACCAUUCGACCUGUACACAGCUAG